GCUCAAGACACUGAUAUCCUUCUUGUUACCACUCCCAAAUCAGGCACUACCUGGUUAAAGGCCAUCUUAUUURCCCUAAUGAACCAUACCCAUUCCCUGUUACCUCAGGUCAACCACCCAUUACUGUCAAACAACCCUCAUGUGCUCGUGCCUUUCUUGGAACUGAAACUCUAYCUCGAGAACGAAAACCCAGAUCUCUCAUCCUUCACAUCUCCAAGACUCUUUUCCACUCAYAUGCCAUACGUAUCCUUACCAAAAUCCGUCCACGAUUCGCAAAGUAAGCUCGUUUAUCUUUGUAGAAACCCCAAAGAUACUUUGGUGUCUCUUGGUUUUUCACAAACAAGUUGAGGCUCAAGGAAAUGGGGACAAAUCCACUUGAGGACGCUUUUGAGAAGUUCUGUGCAGGAGUGAGCAUAUAUGGUCCUUUUUGGGAUCAUAUGUUAGGUUACUGGAAGGAAAGCUUAAACAAUCCCCAAAGAGUAUUCUUUCUGAAAUAUGAAGAAAUGAAAGAGCAGCCAGAGCUUCAUUUGAAGAAACUUGCUGACUUUUUAGGGUGCUCAUUUUCAUCCAAGGAAGAGGAAGAAAGAACUGUGGAUGACAUUUUAGAGAUUUGUAGCUUUGAUAACUUGAGUAAUCUGAAAGUGAACAAGGAAGGAAAGCUUCCAUCUGGGGAGGAUUUCAGUGCAUUUUUCCGAAAAGGUGAAGUUGGAGACUGGAAAAACCAUCUGACUCCAGAAAUGGUUGAGCGUCUUGACAACAUCUGUGAAGAAAAGUUCCAAGGAUCAGGGUUGAAAUUUUAACUUGCAUGAAAUGGUAUUUGUAAGAGCUGUAAUCAGGGGUAUCUACUUCAAUAUUAAGAUAAGUAAGCAUCGAAUAAAGGUUAUAUUUGCGUAAACGAUGUAUUUAUGAUGAUGAUAUAAUAUAAUUACGAAGUAAUAUGAUGAUUAUUACUAAGGUUUAUCGAUA